CCUUCCCACUACUCUCAAAUCAAUCAUUUGAAGCCCUUUCCCUCUCUGUACAAUCUCUCACCACUUCCAUCCCUUUGCAACAGAAUUAAGCAUACCAUGUCUGUAACAGGAGUUUCAGACCCUGAUAGAAUGUUGAAGAAGUCGCUCCAUCGAAGGAACGACGCCGGUGAGGUCGAUGUGUUUGAAGCUGCACAGUAUCUCUCGGGGUACAAUGACACGGUUAGCUAUAAUUGUGCAACAUUCUCUCAGAAGAUGAUGGGCAGGGUCAGCUUGGAUGUGCCAAUGACUAUGAGUAACACUUUUCCUCAAUUUGCUCAUUUGGUGGAAAAGCAAAUUAAGGAUAAGAAAUACAAGCAACCGAGCUUCCCUGGUGGGAGAUUUGCUACCUUCUUAAACUCUCUUUUCAAUCAAAGAGGUUCGAAGAAGAAGAAAUCGAAAUCGACCACGCAGUCCAAGAAAGAUGAAGAAGAGAGCCCUGGAGGAAGGAGGAGGAGCAGUAUUAGCCAUUUUCGGAGCUCAAGUACGGCCGACACCAAGUCGUUUUAUUCUUCGUCGAGCUCCGGUUUCAGGACACCACCUUCCUAUGCCCAUACUCCUAGCUACAAGGAAGUUAGAAGCUAUUUGGAUCGUAAACAGGUUGGACCAACAAAACGAACAGCAUUACAUAAUGCUGUCAUUGGUGAAGGAAAGAAUACAAAAACAACAGACUACUCUUGGUUGGAUGAGAAAUUGAAGUUCAAUAAUGGCUACUCAGAGAAUCACAAGAAUACUGGUGGUGUUCGUCAUCAGAAGGGUCCAAAUUACAGAGAUCGUUAUCCAUUGGACGAGAAAGAAAUUAUGAAGUUCAACGAGACCGAUGAUGGUGCAGAUAGUGAUUCAAGCUCCGACCUGUUCGAGUUGAACUAUGAUUUAAGCAUUUACUCAAGUGGUUUGCCCGUGUAUGAAACUACACAUAUGGACACCAUCAAGAGGGGUGCACCAAUUGCCAAUGAUUAG